CGGCCAGUUUGCCAUUGUGAAGAAGUGCCGGGAGAAGAGCACCGGGCUGGAGUACGCAGCCAAGUUCAUCAAGAAGCGGCAGAGCCGGGCCAGCCGGCGGGGCGUGUGCCGGGAGGACAUCGAGCGGGAGGUGAGCAUCCUGCGGCAGGUGCUGCAUCCCAACAUCAUCACGCUGCACGACGUCUUUGAGAACCGCACCGACGUGGUGCUCAUCCUGGAGCUGCUUAUAAACAAGGAACAUGCCGGGGAUCGCUCCCAGAACAGUGUUCCUCAAGCAAAGCAUCUGAUCCAAUUUUGUUGGGGGAAAUCAUGCCUAAACAUCAAG